AUGCUAACUCGUAUCCAGCAUCUGCCACUUGAACUGCGCGAGAAACUCGUACUUCUCCCCGAGUCUCCCUCACGUGAAGAGCUGUAUGUCCUGUGGACGCACAUCUUACAGAGGUAUUUCCCCUUCCCUCUCCAUGGUUCUCUCCCCAACCUGCCCGAUCUUCCUGACGAGACCGCGGUGAAGUACGCUCUAGGCAAUCACCAUGAAUCCGAGAGCUCACACAUCGCGCUCGCCGUCGGCCGCGAAUACGGCCCGUUCGACCGUUUGAAUUUUCUUCACGUCUUCUGCCAGGCUGAGACGAAGGAAGAGUGGCACCUAGCAGAGAUGCAGAACAAGUUGAAGGAGGAGAUGAUGAAGUCGUCGCACUCUCAGAUUGCGCGGGGGCGCGGGAUGACAAUCCAUGGUGCCAUUGCCGUCGGCCGUAAGGUCGAGUUUUACAAGAUGAAGCGUGAUGGAUCGUUUGAAUGCAUGACGUGGUUGGCCCAGGAGAAGAAGAGCCUGCAUAUCCUCCGGGAUAUGCGGAUUAUUACCUCCCACCUCAUGCAGAUAAGCUACGAGGUGAGAUUGCGCGAUUGA